AUGGGGACGGUCACUCAUGUUUCUGUCUGCUCCACCUGCAGACAGAAGGUUAUUGUCAGCUCUGUCUGCAGGUGUCUGCAGUUCUGUCUGCUCCUGGUGAACACACCGGGGGGGUCAGAACCUCUGCUAACUUCCUUAGUUUCUGAUGAAGAGGAAGAGAAUGAGGACGAGGUGAAGGAAGUAGAGAAGGAGGUGGUAGACAGGAAGUAUUGUGAGUGUGGGACCCCCAGACAAGAAAUACUUAGAAAUGGAAGAGCUUGGCCAAGGGGCUCUCCGCGCCCCGAUUGGGCGAAAUCCCGCGAAGGGGCGGGGGUGCCUCACGUGAGUGAGGACGACGGUCUCUACGGCCUGUCGGCGCCCCCUGGGGGCUGCUUGGCAGCUCUCGCCAUCUCCUGCUGCGCUGGCAUGGAGCGGAGCUCUGCAGCGGCCGGCAGCGGUGCGGCCCUGGACUCGGAGGACGAGAGCUGCGGGGGUCUGUGGGAUCUGCCCGUGGAGUGCAGCGAGAGGCGACCGGAGUGCGCGCGCUGCAGCCGUCCUCAGAAGGUGUGUUUGUGUCCAUUCCUGCCAAUACAUCCGCUCAAGGUCUCCACCUGCUUGUAUAUAAUUCAGCAUCCAGCAGAGGAAAGCCGAGUGUUGAGGACGGUACCUUUGCUGGCAGCCUGUCUCCCUCCAGACAAGUGUAAAAUUUUGGUCGGUCGACGUUUUAGUGAAGAUAGGUAUCCCGAAUUAGCAACUGUGUGCAGAAACCCCAGUACACUAAUUUUGUAUCCUGGAGCUGAAGCAAGUAACUUGGAAGAAGUUACUGUGAUAUCUUCUAGUCCAUCUUUUAUCAUCAUCAUCGAUGGAACAUGGAGUCAGGCUAAAGAUAUAUUUUACAAAAAUUCUCUCUUCCGGCUUCCCAAGCAGGUGCAGUUGAAAACCAACAUUUCAAGUCACUAUGUCAUUCGUACACAGCCAACAAACAGCUGUCUGUCUACACUCGAAUGUGCAGCUGCUGCUCUUUCUAUCAUGGAGAAAAAUAAGAGUAUACAAGAGACUAUACUCCGUCCACUUCAAGCUUUAUGCUCUUUCCAGCUCCAGCAUGGUGCCCAGAUACAUCACAGCAAGGAGCAUCUCCUCAAAAAUGGCUUAUAUGACAAGCCAAUGCCAAAGAAUAAGCGCAAACUGCGAAGAAUGGAGCUUUUGGUGAAUAAUGUUAAAAUAUAAGAAAACUGUACUGACAGUACAGUGGGAUUUA